AUGAAGCGCGAAAUGCAUGUACUUUUACUGAAAAGUUGUGCGUAUACUGCUGUAUUAUCGAUAUGGUUACCGAUUACUUGCGCGCUUCUUGCAAACGGUAAGUCACUCAUAAUCACAGUGAAUUUAACGCGUGUGUUAAGUCAGUUUGAUAUCGACAUACGCGUUAUAAUUUCCUCCGUCGUCUCGCAAUAAAUAUUUGUGCAUAUAAAUUUGUCUUCUUGUCACGAAACAACACCGGCUCAUCAAUGGAGAUGAAUGCAGCACGUAAUUCAAAAAACGGACACGCUGGGAAUUUUAUCCGGGAAUAGUAUCGAUUGUCUCGGCGUACGCAUCGUGUAUCUCCGUUAGCGCGCUCGAAUAUUCAAAUUGGCCAGUUCUAGAGUAGAAAUUCGUCGCAGACAAACUGUCGUUCGUGUUUGAAAAACAUGUUUUUUUACCACCGCAGAAGAAAGAGAAAGAAAUAUUUCGCUUGUAGAAUCGUUGCCGACUGGCUUGCCAAACGGUGCGCUUGUCGAAGUGCGCGACACGAGUCAACCGAUACUGACUACGAGAAAGAACAGAGUCGAAGAGACGAAGCAAAUAACGGGGAACAACGACGAAGAGGCAUCUGAUAGAAACGAGAAGAGGAUAAACUGCACAGAUCGUUCUAUAUACGAUUUCCCGGAUGACCUGUUCACGUACGAAGAACGUCGCCACGGAGCGGUGGUGUUGCACGCUUUCCUAGCGCUAUACUGCUUCCUGUUGACGGCGUUCGUUUGCCAUGAUUAUCUAAUACCGGCUGUCGAUCGCAUAUGCGUUAGCAUGAACAUAAGCACCGACGUAGCUGGAGCGACGUUUCUCGCAAUGACCAGCUCAUUUCCCGAAUUAUUCGUCAACGUGAUUGGUACUUUUCUAACGGAGUCGGAUCUUGGCGUCGGCACCGUGGUCGGUAGCGCGGUAUUCGACACUUUUGCAACUCCGGCUUGCGGAGCGUUGACUGCCUUCUCCGCGAUACCCUUAGAAUGGCGAAUAUUAUCGCGAGAUUGCACAAUGUACGUGAUAUCUGUUGGAACAUUGGUAGCAAUAAUGUGGGAUCAACGGAUUGAAUGGUACGAAGCGAUGAUAUUGUUAAUAUUGUUCUGCAUUUACCUAAUUUUGCUGUUUUGUGGCAAAGGUAUUAGAUUAUGUUGCGGUAAAAUCCUUCCUUCUAAUCCCGAAUCAACGACGGAGUCCUCCAACGUUGAUGAGAAAUUGCCCCGCAAUGGCACGUAUAAACUGCACGCUCUGGAUAAUGUCCCUACAAAUUCUAAUUUGGAAAGUCAGCAACAAGACGGAGCAGGCGAUCUGAAAAAUGCAGAGAGAUUGGAGAAUCCUUCUGUUUCUGGUAUGUAUCUACGCCAUUAUACACAUGUGCUGCAUUCGUAUGAUAAUUUCGAAUUAAAUAAAAAGUUAAAUAUCAACGUGUACGUACGUAUUGUUCCCUUCUAUUUAUUCGCAGAAUAUUUAUUUACCUGGUCAAAGGAACGAACCAUGAUCGCAAAGUGUUGGUUCCUGUUUUGCUGGCCAUUGAAAUUUUUGCUGUACGUAACGAUACCAGAUGCCAGGAUAGAACGAUUGAAACAUUGGUAUCCAUUGACGUUUAUCAUGUGUCUGAUUUGGGUCGGCAUAUCUUCCUACUUGGUCUCUUGGAUGACGACGGUUGUCGGUGAUACCAUAGGUAUCCCCGACUCCAUUAUGGGCCUUACAUUUCUGGCAGCUGGUGGAAAUAUGCCGGAAAUUGCAUCCAUCGUGAUUUUAGCCAGACAAGGGGACGGAAACAUGGCGAUGAGCAACACGUUAGGGGCAAAUAUUCUUGAUAUAUUGCUUUGCAUGGGCUUACCGUGGAUGAUAAAGUGUCUAAUGAGAGGAAAAGACGUAGAGAUCGUAUCAGCAUCUAUAUCCUACAGUGUACUUUCAACUGUUGUUUGCAUAGUGAUUCUCUAUGUAGUUAUAGCGUUGUUCAAUUUUAAAUUGAACAAACAAGUAGGAAUCAUAUGUCUGUUGCUUUAUACGAUAUUUUUAAUAUUCGCCAUUCUCGUAGAGAUGAACGUUUUCUAUAUCGCGAAUUUACCAAUGUGCGAUUACGCCAAUUGA